UGUCGAUUCCUCUCAAACUCACGGAUGAGGGCCACAGUUCAGAGAGUGGCAUCUGCCAGUGUUGAAGUGGAUGGCCAACUUGUGUCGACUAUUGGGCCGGGCCUCUUAGUCCUCAUCGGAAUUCAUGAGUCGGACGUUGACGCCGAUGCUGAUUAUAUAUGCCGUAAAGUGCUGAACAUGAGAUUAUUUCCUAACAAAGAGACUGGGAAAACAUGGGAUCAAAGUGUUCUUCAGAAGAAUUAUGAAAUUCUAUUAGUGAGUCAAUUUACAUUAUAUGGGAUUUUGAAGGGAAAUAAGCCAGACUUUCAUGUAGCAAUGCCUCCUGAUAAAGCAAAACCCUUCUAUGAAGCGGUGUUGGAAAAGUUCAGAGUAGCUUACAAACCAGAUGCUGUCAAAGUCUUACCAGUUUAAAUUGGUUUUAUAUCAAACAGAUGGCAUAUUUGGCGCUAUGAUGAAGGUGAACUUGGUUAAUGAUGGUCCUGUUACAAUGCAAAUUGAGUCACCGCAGCAGACAAAAUGAACGCAUAAAUGGCAUGGAACUUCUUCACAAGAGAUUCUUGACGUAUUCAUCUAUCUUAUUAUGUUUUUAUGUAAUUCUGCAAUAUUUGUUUGUCUCUGAGGAAAUUUUCGUUGUACUGACCAAGAAGUCAAAGAGAAAAGAACUCAAAAGUUGUAGUCUUUAUCAUUUUUUGCAGUUGGUCUGACUACCACUAAUGUAACGACGCUUAGCUUCAAUCAAGUCUUGAGGAUAUAAUCGAUGGUCAAGACUGGUAGGAUAAACUUAUUAUUCUGGAGUAUUUAAACCAUUUAUUAAAUAACUUAUUGAACAUACUGUAUAAGCUAGCUCUAUUGUUAUAAGCUCUUACUAGCAAUUAGAUUCUGAUAAGUUAUACGGAUUAUGACUGCGUAUAAACUCCGACGAGCAAUUAGAUCCUUAUAAGGUACACAUCUG